AUGAUGUCUGAUGGUGAUAAAGAAGGAAAAAGCCUAGGGACAGGCGGUGCCAAGUGCCACCACAAGGUACUCUGUGACAACAUCCAAGGUAUCACCAAACUGCCCAUUCGCUGUCUUGCUCAGCACGGAGGUGUCAAGCACAUCUCAGGUCUUAUUUAGGAGGAGAUGGGGGUGCUCAAGGUCUUCUUGGAAAAUUUGAUAUGGGAUGUUGUCACUUACAUGGAACAUGCCCAGCAUAAGACAAUCACUGCCAUGCACAUGAUCUACACACUCAAGCUUCAGGGAUGCACCCUUUGUGGCUUCAGGGGCUAA